AUUUCAACCAUGCAAGGUGAUAUACUGGAACUCGGCAUAACAAUUAUCCGACAGCCGCAAUAAGCGGGGUGGCGGCUGUCAGCCUUCCGGAAGGCACUCCACUUCAUUCGUUCGCGACUAACGCUUUAAACAGACCUCAAAGGUCCCAACGGCACUUUAUUGACCAAACCACCAACAUCGCCCUCUCGACCUCCACGAUCUCCGAUCCAUUAAUCCUCAACCUACGCAUAUUAGAACAUCCUGCCCGGUUACGCUGCCCCGCCGCCUUGUCACCGGAUUUGGCGCAUCAAGCGCGUCGACGCAUGACCGGAGCCAUAAGUCUCGAUGGGUGUCAUCCGCAAGAAGACUGCCGCGCGUGGGGGUGAGGGAGGCGUGAAAUACGUCUGCGACGUCUGUUCGGCGGAUAUUACAUCUACGGUGCGCAUCCGCUGCGCGCACGGCGUUUGCAACGAGUACGAUGUUUGUGUGCAAUGUUUUUCCAAUGGCGAGUCGAACCGCGAUCAUAAUCCGGCCACCCACCCGUACCGCGUUAUUGAGCAGAAUUCGGUCCCAAUUUACGAUAGCAGUUGGGGAGCAGAUGAGGAGUUGCUGCUCCUUGAAGGCGCGGAGAUCUACGGCCUGGGGUCCUGGGCUGAUAUAGCCGAUCACAUUGGCGGAUAUCGAGAUAAAGAUGAGGUGCGAGAUCAUUACGUAAAGACGUAUAUCGAGAGCCCUUCGUUUCCCUUGCCGAAACGACAAGCACCGGAGGAAAUCGAUUUAUCAGACGAAGGAACACGGGCACGGUUCCAGCAGCAGAAGAAACAGCGAAUUGAGAAGCGGAAGGAAGAUGCGAAGAAUGCUGUGCCUGCUCUGCCAAAGAAAAAGCCUACGGCUAGUGUUCCGUCAUGUCACGAAAUCCAAGGCUACAUGCCUGGUCGGUUGGAGUUCGAGACGGAGUGGGCGAACGAAGCGGAAGAGGCAGUACAACACAUGCAAUUCGAACCAGGCGAUGGAAUCAACCCCCGCACUGGCGAGAUGGAGCCCGAAAUGGAGCUCAAGAUGACAGUGAUGGACAUCUACAACAACCGACUCACGGCGCGUGCGGACCGAAAGAAGGUAAUCUUCGAACACAACAUAUUGGAAUACCGCAAGAACGCAGCCGCAGACAAGAAGCGCACCAAGGAGGAGCGUGAACUCCUCAACAAGGCCAAGCCAUUCGCGCGCAUGAUGAACCAUGACGACUUCGAUGACCUCAACAAGGGCCUUAUUGAGGAAUUAAACCUGCGCCAGGCAGUGCACCAACUCCAGGACUGGCGACAUAAUCGUGUUGGCGACUUGCGCAGCGGUGAGAAAUACGAGAGCGAUAAGACGUUGCGCGCGCAGAAGACACAGCCAAUGGGAUCUCUGGACCGCGAACGCUUUGCGUCGCAGCGCGCGAAGGCUGCACCAGCUAUGGAGGUGCCUUCCGGUGCUGCGGCGUUGGUGGCGCCUGAACUACCUCUGAGGCUUCUCCAGAGUGGUCCCAAUGGGGUGGCGAAUGGCGUGAGCAGCGCAGUGGAUACACCAACCGACUCCCCGCUCCCGAACGGCGUCAAUGGCCAUACAAAUGGCAUCUCUACUCCCCUCUCGGCCCGGCAGAAAACAAUCAUCCAGCCGGUACCUGGGAUACAACCACUGAAUAUCAACCAUGAGAACGCGCCAGAUAUCCACCUCCUGACGAAAGAGGAGAUUGAGCUCUGCCGCACGCUACGACUGCAGCCGAAGCCGUAUCUUGCUGUCAAGGAGGCGAUUCUCAAGGAGGCAGUGAAGACGAAUGGACAGAUGAAGAAGAAGCAGGCGAGGGAGAUUUGUCGACUUGAGAGUCAGCGUGGCGGGAGGAUUUUUGAGUUCUUCGUGACGAGUGGGUGGAUUGCUAAGGCGUAGAUUUUGUGGGUGUGUGGGUGACUGGGGUGUAUUGGUUUUUGGCGUUUUUAUGGGUCGUGGAGGGGGCCAGGGUGAAAGCGGAUUCUUUGGGAAUACCAGCUGUGGUGUUUGGCGUGGCGUUUUUAGGGAUAUGGGAAAUGAUGUCCGUGGAGGACGGGGUGGCAUAGGGUGGUUUUGGGGGGGUUGUAUCUCUGUUUGGUAGUGAACUACUCCUAGGAUAUCAAAGUAGG